UAUUACCCCAUUCUUUUUUGACAUCUAUUUUUGUGCUAAAGAAAGCAUAAUUCUUGUCAAAGAGUAAUCACUUGUCAAGCAUGAUUGCUUCAAUCAUAGAUUAAAAGAUAGGUCUAUUGCUAUAAAAAGGAAAUAGACACUGGGUUUGUUUUAAUCAGAUUUAUUUUAGGUUAUGCAAGCUAGAUUUAACUCCAUCAAAGUGCAUAUAAUUACACUGUUGUGAAAUGAAUGUGAGAUCAGAAAAUCACCAAAAACCAUGAAGAGAAUGUUAAAGUUGUAAAUGUGUGAAGCAAUGUGACAGAUAUUUGCAAAGAUUUAAAAAUACAUUUGCUGGGAUCAUUGAUUUUUACCCUUGUUACUGAACUAUACUCAUGGCUAGCAAGUUAAUAAUUUCCAGAAAUAUGUAUUAAAUUUUUACAAAAACCAGAAGGAAUGCCUUUCAUGGAAAUAAAUACAGUUGCUUUAGAGAUAACACUAUGCUUACUCUCCAGUUGACUUUGAGGGGUUUUUUAGUUGGAUUUUGGUGGGGUUUUUUAAGACUGACAUGAAACAGUGGUACAGUUCCCACCCUUCUGCAAGGCAUUUCUCUGAUCUUAGGUAAAUCUUUUAUAAUGAGAUUUUUUUAAAGGAAAGGAAAAAAAAAAAAGGUAGUUGGUUUCCUAUUAAGGUUUUUAGAAGCACCUUGCUGCCUAUGAAACAAAAGAUAGCAGGAUAUUUUUGAAACUUUCCUACCUUCUUUGAUGAUGUAAAUCUUUUUUUAAUGUGUCACAUGUUUUCUUUUUAUGCUUAAAACCACCAAGGAUAGUUACACUGCUGUUUGUGAGAGGUGGUGUGGAAAUAAGUAGCUGAAAUAGAUGUGAGGGGCUGAGACACUACAGCGAGGAGCAAGGACAGCAAUGACAGAAUAAUAAAUGAUCUGUUGGACUAAGCUGCCUUUGCCUGUGCACUAGGACUUGCACGUGCGAUUUCAGAAAACCUAUGUUUUAUACGCCUGAUGAACUUUGAACUAAAUGUACAUCAGAAAAUAUUUAUGUAGAGUCUUCUCAUAUAAAAUGUAUGAGCACCACAAUGCAAUAACUAUAUAAAUCAGACAAGUGCAGUUCUGGCAGGAAACCUAUGAACUCCAUAGACUGGUGAAAAGUAGUAACAUCAGUUCUCUACACAGAAUUAAUUUGGUGUGUUGUUACCUGCCAGUUUCACUUCCAGCUUGGUAUUUUCUCAUUCUAGUUCAUCGUUUUUAUUGACCUUACUCUCCAGGUAUCAUCUGUACUCCACGCACGAGGAGUUGAGUCUGUAGAUGUGGGUUGCACUGCGCAGGAGCAGAGCAGUAGGCUAAAUACUUGGACCAGCUGGAACUUGUCGUUGCAGACAAGUGGAGAACCCAAGGUUUAAGCUGCUCCCAGGCCUUUCUGCUUGUAGCAUAGCAACUGCCUUAGCACAGUAGUGUACGUGGCCGCCAAAAGCAGGAGUUGCUUUAGGCACCCUAGGUACAGGAGUCAGGACUUACCAGUGGGCUGAACACUCCACUAAUGCCACAUUUACCCCGCCUCUACACUGACACUGGCUUGUGUCUGCCUGGCUAGGAAUGUAGGCUCCCUCUUGGUCCAGCGACUUGUCCCUGGCUGCCUAGAUUCAACACCUACAAAAUCCACCCUGGAAGUCUAGGAAAAAACAUCCUUUCCAUCCCUGCAGAAACCUGGCUGUGUGGCUGCUCCUCAGCCUUCUAAAUCUCCUGCUUGCUGAGCUCUCUCGCAAACUAACAGGGUCUCCUCACUGAGUGUGCUCAGUCGCUCUCCAGGACUGUGAGGUCUUCUCUUCUUCCAGGACUGUGGUAGCUAGGACAGGACUAACAGCUCUACAGUGCAUUGAAUUAGUUUUCCCUUAAAAAGUCCAAAUUGCAAUGUGAUCUGAUCUUCAUCAACUCCACAAGAAGUUUCUUUUGUGCCCUUCUACUUCAUUCACCACUUUUCAUUCCUGUAUUGCUAAUAUCUGCAGAACAACCAAAUGCAAGAAUAAGAUAAAAAGACCUGUGCAUUUCUCAAAGAAUCUGCCCCGGUUGCUUUGGAGGAAAUAUGCAGGGUGGUGUGAAAUUUCUCCCACUUUGUGUGAUGGGAGCCAACAAGCGGAAGCAAUUUUACAGAGGUUUGAUGAGCUUCCCUGUAUCAUCUGACCUGCAAUAACGUGUUUGAGUUCAUUCAACUACAAUAUAAAUUCGCUGCACCAGAUGUAAAAAUGACAAAAACCUGGAUCACAUCUUUGCUGUUCUUCUUAUCAGUUACUAUGUUUUUUGCCACUGCUAUACCAUCUGAAGGGCAUCAGAAUAUGACAGAGGACUUCGCUCAACUGAGUGUUACACGGAAUAAAAUUAUGACAGCACAGUAUGAAUGCUACCAGAAAAUUAUGCAAGAUCCUAUUCAUAGGAAAGAAGGUCCUUACUGUAACAGGACAUGGGAUGGCUGGUUGUGCUGGAGUGAUGUUGCUGCCGGAACUGUGUCAGUACAGCGUUGUCCUGACUACUUUCAGGAUUUCAACCCAUCAGAAAAAGUUACGAAGAUCUGUGAUCCAAGUGGGAAUUGGUUUAGACAUCCAGAAAGCAACAGGACGUGGACAAACUAUACCCAGUGUAAUAUUUAUACACAUGAAAAAGUGAAGACUGCUCUGAAUUUGUAUUACUUGGCCAUCAUUGGACAUGGUCUUUCAAUUGCAUCACUUCUGAUUUCUCUUGGCAUAUUCUUUUAUUUUAAGAGCUUGAGUUGCCAAAGGAUUACCCUGCAUAAAAAUCUAUUUUUCUCUUUUGUUUGCAACUCUGUUGUAACAAUAAUUUCACUGACUGCAGUUGCCAACAAUCAGGAGUUAGUUGCAACUAAUCCAGUUAGUUGCAAAGUGUCACAGUUCAUCUACCUGUACCUAAUGGGUUGCAACUACUUUUGGAUGCUGUGUGAAGGCAUUUACCUGCAUACUCUCAUUGUGGUGGCUGUUUUUGCUGAGAAACAACACUUGAUGUGGUAUUACCUUCUUGGCUGGGGAUUUCCACUGAUCCCUGCCUGCAUACAUGCCGUUGCUAGAAGUUUAUAUUAUAAUGACAAUUGUUGGAUCAGCUCUGAUACUCACCUGCUGUACAUCAUCCAUGGACCUAUUUGUGCUGCUCUGCUGGUGAAUCUUUUCUUCCUGCUAAAUAUCGUUCGUGUUCUCAUAACCAAGCUGAAAGACACCCACAAGGCAGAAUCCAACCUGUACAUGAAAGCAGUGAGAGCUACCCUGAUUCUUGUUCCACUACUUGGCAUUGAAUUUGUGCUGUUUCCAUGGCGACCAGAAGGCCGGAUCGCUGAGGAAGUGUAUGACUAUGUGAUGCACAUCCUUAUGCACUACCAGGGUCUACUGGUGGCUACAAUUUUCUGCUUCUUUAAUGGAGAGGUCCAAGCUGUUUUGAGAAGACAUUGGAAUCAGUACAAAAUCCAAUUUGAGCACAGCUUCAGCCACUCGGAUGCUAUGCGCACCGCUUCCUACACUGUAUCGUCAAUCAGUGAUGUUCAAGGCUACAGCUACAAUCACGACUGCACCAGUGAACAUUUAAAUGGGAAGGGCUACCAUGACAUGGAGAGUGUUGUUUUAAAAACUGAAAAGCUGUAUGGUUGACUGCCAAAGGUUCGGCAUAUGCCAGUGUGCUUACCCUCGUGAACUCCAAGCGUGAUUUAAUGGCUUCCUGGCCAGAAGAUUUUACCUAACUUGGGAUAUGUUAUUCUCCUGAAUGAUGCAAACUAAACCAAUGUGUUUUUUCUUAUGUAUGUAUAUAUAUGCAUAUAUACAUAUGUUUGUGGUUUUGUAUCUAUAUAGUAUGGACAUCUGUACAUAUAUAUAUCUCUCUCUAUAUAUGUAUGUGCAUUUAUAUAAGGAUACAAACUUUGCCUCUUCAGUUUCUACUGUGUAGACAAAGUUGGCAAUUUUUUGUACAACGGGAAUCAAUGGAGGAUUUCUUAUUUUCUUGGAAGUUUGUAUAAGACUGUGUUGUGUUGAAGCCACUUCAUUUGCCUAUAGAAUCUUGGAGUGUAAAUACCAUACUGUAUGGUCUUAAUUCAACCUAAAAUAGAACAAAGGAAAAUGGUUAAAGUAGGUGCAAUGAUAACUGUAGAUUGUCCAGGUUAAUUCUGUGUCCAGUAUUUGACUGUCAGAAAAGCCUAACAGGUAGUCUGAGAUACCAGACUCGAAGAUAUUGAUGGUUUGGUUUGGUCAGGUUGUUUUCUCCACUAUUUUAAACCAAGCAUAGAGACACCAGUGCAAGUCUGAGACUCUACUUCUGUACUGCAAUGUAAUUAUUUUACAGCAAGCUUUGAGCAAUUUUAUUUAAACUAUUUUUGCAUAUACGGGAGUGUCUCCUUCUCCUCAAGUUAAUGGAAGUUUCUUAUUGGCUUUAACACAGACAAGAUCAAAGAGGCCUUACUGCCAGAAAGAAAAGUAGUAACCUGUGUAACUGUAAAUCCUUCCAGACACUAACACAUAGUUGAAGCUGAUGGAACUUCACUGUGUGCUUAAGGAAUUUACUCAAGAUCAUGUACAGAAUUUGUUGUAGUCAUGCUGUUUUGUUUUAUUUUUAAGUAUUUCCCUGGCCAUAUGCUUGAUAAUUUAUUCUUUUAUUCUUGGGGCAAAGUUUUUUGAUUAAUUUUGUGGGGUGUUUUUUUGUCAAGAAAAGCAUGCAAGACUGAACACAAUGCAAAUAGCAUACUACAUUUAAAGCCAGUGUAUGACGUUCAGACUAAUCAAGCAAAUUAGUAAAUGUCAGUAUUUGGAAAAUCCACCAUAAAGUUUGUCUUAUAAAAGUUCAAAACAUUAUGGAUUGAGAAUUUUAAUAUUAUUUUGGAGUGCUUGACUCUGAAUCUCUAUCUAUCUAUCUAUCAUCUCAGUUACUUAGCUUAGAACAGUACUUCAUAAGUUGUUUCUUUGGUUCUACUGCUGAAUAAAGGCCUCACUGAAAAUGAGGAGGUUGUCAGGAAGGUCUUGAGAAAAUGCUUAUUUAUAGCAAUCUAUGUUUUUGUAAAUCUUUAUGCUUUACAGAAAGAGUAGUUUUCUUAAGUAAGUGAAAUGACAAAAAUGCUCAAGAAUAAGGGCAUGAUAUGAGUUUAGAAAAGUCUUACUAAAAAUCACAAAAGUAGAAAAAGGUUUUAUUGGUUUACUUUGCAGAUAAGUCUACUUCAAGUGGGGAAAAAACAAAAUGAAGUAGAAGAAAAGUAGAUGCUGGAGUUGAUAGACUAUUAUGCUAAUUAAUGCACAUCUGGUGCAUGUAAGCUGGUGAAAAAAAUUAAAGGCAGUUCUUUCUGAGACCAUUUCAGUUUUAAAUAAUUUUGUAUAUGAACAACUUGAUUUUAACAUUCAAACAUUUUUGGCAGUAGCCUUUCUGUAAGCUUCAUUAGCAUCUAGUUAAUUUGCUGUCACAGUGGUUAUUGGUUUGACUUCAUAAGGCUUUAAAUGCUUUGUAUUUAGAAGGAAAACAUUAGGAGGAUGCGGUAAGUAAGUUCACACCACUUACACAUUUCUGUAGUUUUUUUACAGUUCUUAUGUCAGGAGUUUGAACUUAAAGUGUUUUAUUAUCAAGAUUUCUGUUCUUCUGCAAGGCUGUCUGGUUGAUUGAUGGGAAUGAUUUGAAAAAUUGGUUGGAUUUUGUACUUUAGAAUAGUGUGAAAUCUGGCGAUCAGAUGUCACAAUCUCUUAAAUUGUAAGAAUAUAGUAGGGGUAUCUGCUACAACAUGAUUAGAGGUUACUUACAGCUCUGCUUGCUCAUCUGUGUAGUGUUACUUAAAAUCUGUGCAAUGUUCUGAAAAUAUUAGUGGUGCAGAAAAUCCCUGCUCUGCUAUAGCAGCUUUACACUUGAGGGACCAGAUCUUCAGCUGGUAUAAAUCUCUCUUGAGUUCCAUUUUCAGAAUCAAUGCGUACCAGCUGAGAAUCAAAGCCCAGGCAGAUAUCUGUCCAUUCAAAAGUGCUUUGAAGUCCUUUAUGGCAUAUUAUCAGACAAUGAUUUCAAUGGUACCUGGUGGGUUGUUGUAAUUAAAACCUAUAUGACAGUUUAGAGUGUGAUACAAUAUUAGAUUUUGAAUUAAGCUUCCCUCUCAGCUAGGCAGUUCAAAUUUAAUAGCCUAUAAAUUUUUAUCAUUUAAUGCAAAGUACUAGUUGCUAAUUGCUCCCUGUCCUCUGUUAGAGAAACUUUGUAAUGGUAAUUUAGAAGGGAAAAUUGUUUUUACACAGAAAUCAUCCUACUUCUAGGUGGACAAUCACAGCAUGCUUCUAGGCACACAUCUGUCUUCACUUUGGAAAAGAAACACACAUCCAGCUGGAUGUGCAAGAAAAUGUUUGCGGCUGUGGAGGUUUACAUGGCAUAGGAGAGCUACAUUUCCCCCAUCUUCAGGAGGCUAGUUCCUAUUUUGCAUUGGAAAAUAUAAAUUCCCUGUUUUGUCUUCCUACCUCGCCUUUUUCAGUUCCUACAAAAGCAAGGGAAGGGUCUGUUUCUUCAAAUGUUUUUCUGUCACAAUAAAUUAAAUUCAAGUCCUUAUGCUGAUUUCUCAUGGCUUAUUUUCUACUUUACAGAAUGUUGUAGUCCUUAUCUGUAUUCUCUGGGAUGGAAGUAAACUCUGUUUUGGUGGGGCUGUGAGAUUUCUUUGAACAUGCAAACAGUUACCUGUUAUUAUUUGCUCUUUAUUUUUUGUUGUUGUUUAGUGAGGAUUUAUUGUAUCAAUCUACAGCGGCUACAGCAAUACUUGUCUUAUAUUUGGUAUCUGUAAUACCAGCAUGUUAGCAUUCUAUGAGAGGGAAUGUCUAUUUUUCAUGCUACUGUGUCUUCAGUUAAUAAAAUGCUCCAUUGCAGGGUCCUCUCUGUUGUUAGUUUGUUAGUUUUAAUGUUAGCAUUUUUGCUGUGUAUUUUUUCCAUUGUGAUGAUCUACUACAGUAUUUGGCUGUAGAAAUGCUGCAACAUGUACUCCUUUUCAUGUCAUGAAAGUUUUGGGCUGGAAACCAGGCAACAUCGAGUAUUGUACUAUGUAAAUAAGAUAAAUAGAAGCUAUAGCAUUGUAUUUAUUGCUUACACUAAGAAUGAAAGGGAAAAAAUGUGAAAUUUUUUGGUUGUGCUUUAUUUUCACUUUGUUCAUAUGAAUCAUCAUGCAUUUUAAUUGCUGAAAGAACUAUUACGUUUGUGAUCAAUAAAAUAUUACUACAUUUA